AUGGACUCGUGCAUUGGCUCUGUGCUACCAUCUAUGCUGGCAAGACUUGGGGCAACGACGCAAUAUUCUCAAGACAGCACUGCUUUUUACCAGCCGGUGUCUCAAGUAUUCCCAGGUUUGGAUAUCAGGUCUCGCCUGAAUUCCAACACCGGGCCCUCAACUGGCAUGGCGCAGGCUCACCAUCAGCAGCACCGCACCACUGGACUGCCGCAUUUGACAGGGCAAGUAAGCGCCAGAGAGCAAUACUCUGCUGCAACGCCCUCAUUUCGGAGGGCUUCGGAGCACCCUGUCAGGUCGCCGUCCUUUCCGGGGGUGCCUCUGCGCCGCCUGCCAUUGUCGCCAACCCCAAGCCCACUUACCUCCUAUGUUACUCCGGCCGGGAGGAUGGAAGCUGGCCAGUUUCAAAACAGACCCUCCGCAACAGCCGUGCCUCCGCUCAUGUCUGUCCAGACAUCUGGCUCCCUCCAAUAUGAGAACGGGACGCAAAUCAAGAUUGAUAUUACGGGCACAGUUGACAAAGGCUUCUUUCUUGCCGAGGGCGAAUGGACUUGCUAUCGGCGCAACUACAUGACCUGCGCCUGCUCCUAUUCGCUGCAUCCGCAUUACCCCAAUACUGCAGUCCAUUUCAUCCCCCCAGGAUCGACCCAAGCCUACCAAGUCUUUGGGCUGUACAUGUCAAUAUCUGCCGUCGUGGCGGACAAUGACCAGCAGAGCAUUGAGCUGGUCCAGCAUACCCCAAAGAGAGACAAGGGACCAACGUCCAAGCCUGAGAAGGUCCAGCUGGCCCCCAAAAACUCUGUCCCGUCGCAUCAUGGCAUAUACAACGACCCCGCGAGCGCAUCUGGUGCUAGGGCAAUGUAUCAAGAUGGCUACGGCGGACAGGCAGCUGUUCAGCCUGCAACUGAGCAUACAUUUGAGCGUAUCCAGUUCAAGCAGGCCACUCAGAACAAUGGCAAACGGAGGGCUGCCCAGCAGUACUACCAUCUCAUGGUGGAGCUGUGGGCAGAUCUUGGCUCGUCGUUUAGUUCGCAGUCUUCCGACAAGUACUUCAAGAUUGCGUUUAGAAAGUCCGAGAAGAUGAUUGUCCGUGGUCGCUCCCCAGGCCAUUAUCAGAACGAAAAGAGACGAAGCCACAGUGGUGGCCCUGGGGGUUCUUCUGGGACGAUGGGUGGAUACGGAUCAUUGACAAACAUUGGAGAAUUUUCGUCUCACUCUGGCAUCAUUGGCGGAAACAGCACAUAUGGGAAUUCUUAUGACUCGAGGGGAUCAGUAUAUGGGACGCCCAGAAGUCAUGACGUUCCUUCUGAAGCGACCAUACCUUCUGAAGAUGAUAAGGUAAUGGCAAACACCAAGGGAUACUUGUACUAUCCCGGGCCAAUGUACGACAACUCCCACUCAAGGCCGAUGGAGAUGUUUGGCACCCGCAGCGACCAGGAGACUUCACCAUCGCAGUCGUCAACCGACACCAAAGUAAAAAGCGAGUACGACGUAACUCCUCGCGUCUUUCACCCACCGCUGACGGAGAAUCGUCGCCACCCUGGGCCAUUUGAGGGCAAAUCUACUUCGGGGGGCUAUUACCCGACCAUCCUAUCAUCCCCAACCACAAGUUUGACUUUGUGA